AUGGGCCAAGAACUAGAAGAACUCACAGCCUGUCUCUUUGAGGAAGCCAACAAUAUGGUACAGGAUGCCAAUGCAAAACGCUCUCAUGUGGAAAAACUUCUUAAUGAAGCCAAUCAAAAGAUUGAAGUGUUGCAAGCUGAAGUAACUGCUUUGAAGACAUUGGUCCUGACUUCCACUCCAAGCACCCCAAACAAACAUUUACAUCCGCAGAUCGAUACAAGCAACAAUAAAAAGAAAGAGAGCAGUCGGCCAUUUUGGAAGACCCAUCGACGUUCAACCAGCCACCACGAGUUUACAAAAGAAGCUCAGCAAGAAUCUGAUGAAGUGGAAAAUGGUCAGAACACUGAGAUUGAUCCUGUCUAUUUUGAAGAAUUCUGCCAGUGGCGAGAACAUCCUGAUCUGGAAGAAUCAAGUCAAUUCCUUUCCAGAGUAAUCUUGGAGGAUAUUGGUCCUUGCCUGAACUUUGUCAACCAAACACUUGCUGAGAGAGUGAAGGAGUGUGUAGACAAGAACACAUUAACUAUUGAACCAAUUGCUGGUGACAGUUCUUACCCUAGACAUUGUUCUCUGUCUCAAAGCAAUAAACUGUGUAAUUACAAGAUCCGUUUGGGAGAUGAUACAAAUUGGCAUUCAAUCUCAGAAUUUUGCAGAAAUCGGAUUACCUCGGUUUGUAAUUUCUACACUUAUAUCCGUUAUAUUCAACAAGGCCUUGUCAAAGGAGAAGACAAAUCUGUCUUCCUUGAAGUGCUUAAGUUGAGGAAGAUGAUGGCUUUAGCUCGGCUUGGAUACUCACGAGACAUAUGCAUAUUCUGCAAAGAAUUUCUUUCCGAAUUUUCUGAAAAUAAGAAGAAAAAGAUGUUUUUUGGGGCCUUUUCUUUCUUCUUUCUUUCUUUCUUUCUUUCUUCUUUCUUUCUUUCUUCUUUCUUUCUUCUUUCUUUCAUCUUUUCUUCUUUUUGA